CUUCAUAUCAGCACUUGGGACACAUCCCCAGAUAGAUUCAAUCUAGAAAUCAGAUUCUACAGCAUACAUGCGCCAUUUUAAUCCAGCGCGCUAUCUUACAUCUGUCACCAAUAAUUCAAUCAGACAUUACAAUGUCUUGCCCAAUUGAAGAAAUUGUCAAACACUAUGAAUUUGAUCCCUCAAUCAUCCAACGCAUCGCAAAGCGAACAUCCGAGCCUCCGCUCUCCGUCGAGCCCCCAAACCCCGAGUGGCCACAGCAGUUCCAAGAGAUCAAGUCUCUCAUAGAAAACGCUAUCGGCCCUGUAGCCGUCAGCAUAAGCCAUGUCGGCUCAACAUCGGUGCCCAAUCUCCCCGCCAAGGACGUCAUCGACGUUGACCUCGCCGUUGAGAAUCCGACGGAUGAGGCCGCCUACGCGCCAGCACUUGAGAAGGCGGGGUUCCAGUUCCUGAUACGCGAGCCUGAGUGGAACGAACAUCGCUUCUUCGCCAUGCACAAGCCGUACUCCUGCAACUUGCAUGUCUUCAAGGUCGGCACCGCGGAGUUGGCAAGGCAUCUCAUCAUGAAGGAUUGGUUGAUUGAACAUGACGAUGACCGGGAUCUGUAUGCGAAGACCAAGAUGGAGGCCGCGGGCGUGAGUAACUCGCUGGGUGAGACUGUGAUGGAGUAUAACUUUAGGAAAGAGAUUGUCAUUCGUGCCAUCCUUGAACGGGCAUUCAAGGCGAGAGGAUAUCUCCAGUAGGUGGAUGGGGUUUUCUCUUGAAAUGAGUUAGUGUAGCUCCGUUGCCAAAAAGCAUCCACGAAGCGUGAGAAAUCUUCAAGAACACAACGAUUCGAAAGUGUAUACCACGUCGUAGGUGCAAUAUGAAUACACAACAAACGGAGGUAAUACAUAUCGCUUCUGCCACGGAAGGUGCUCAUAUUGACUAUUUGAGUCCUUCUUACCUGCCGUCUUUGCCUGUUAGCUCC